GGCGAUGCCUUCUGCGGCUGGACUUUGAGUGUUGCUGAAGAGCUUGGCAUCUUCCAUGCUUCCUUCUCGACCUCCGGGGAAUUUGGGACAUCAGUCGUAGCGUGCUUGUGGCUGCAGAUGCCCCACAAGAACACCGAUUCCGACGAGUUUGAGCUGCCUGAUCUCGUGGGGUUGAAGCUCUCCCGUUCUCAUCUUCCUCCUAAUAUCCUUGCAGCUGAUGGCAUGGACUUGUGGUCCGAGUUUAUGAGGAGAAAUUUCUUACCUUCUCUUCAUUCUGGGGGCCUACUGUGUAAUACGGUCGCCGAGCUUGAGCCUUAGGCACUGGAGCACCUGAAGGCCAUGGCAAGCGGACCUGUUUGGGCAGUCGGUCCCCUAGUUCCGCAACCCUUCUUGACCAGAACUGCUUCAGGGUUCACCGAGCGCGAUGGAAAACCACUUGAUGAAGGAGUUGGCUCUGGGGCUCGAAUUAAGCGGGCAACCAUUUAUUUGGGCGGUGAAGCCCCCGGUAGAGUAUGCGAGGGGAACAGAAUUCGAAUCGGAGUGGUUGCCGGAGAGGUUCGAGGAUUGGGUGAAAGAGAAGAAGCAAGGACUCAUAGUAAGAGGAUGGGCACCUCAACUAACCAUCCUAUCUCACAAUUCGGUUGGGGGAUUUCUGAGCCAUUGUGGGUGGAAUUCGACGGUGGAGGCCCUGAGCCAGGGAGUUCCCAUCAUCGGGUGGCCCCUGGGCGGUGAUCAGUUUUACAAUGCAAAGCUGCUGGUGGAGGAGGUGGGAGUGUGCGUGGAGAUUGGGAGGAGACGGGAGGCCGGCGUAGGGAGGGAGGAGGCGGCACGGGUGGUUGGGGAAGCGAUGGGCGGAGAGAAGGGGGCGGCGGCCAGGAUGACGGCGGCGUUGGUGAGAGAGAUUCUGAAGGAGGCGGCGGAGGAAAGGGGGUAGGGUUUGAGAGCUCUGGAUGAAUUUCUCGAGAGCGUGGCUCAAGUUAGAGAGACGACAAACGAUUCAGAAGAAAAAAAUGUUAGCAAUUGGCUCAAUGAGCACAAAGAUGAUAACAACGACUCAAAACAAUCGGCGUGCCGACUCAAACCCGUGCUAAAAAAUCCUCUGAAAUAGAGCAUUUCGAUUUUGUAAUAUA